GACUAUAAAGCUAAAGGGACGGACGUUCAGUGUCAUUGCACAGACUUUGUUCCUUGCAAAUGGAGUUUCUUGUUACCACCUACUCUUCCCUGUUUCUUCUCUUGCUUCCAUUCGUAGGCAUCUUGGUCUACUUAUACGGGACCUGGUCCUUCGGUGUCUGGAAAACAUUAGGCGUGGAUGGACCCAAGCCCGCUCCAUUUUUCGGUCACCAGCAGGAGCUAAAUAAAAAUGGCAAUGAAGUCAGCAUUCAGAAAUGGUCACAGACCUAUGGCCGAACAUUUGGCAUCUAUUCAGGAUCUCGACCACUCCUGGUGACCACUGACCUUGACAUUUUGAAGGAAGUGCUCGUAAAAGAAUUUAACAAGUUUACGGACCGAUUUGAGCACAUUGGCACAGGGUCAGACACCUCAUGA